AUGAACAAUUUAGAAACCUAUCAACCUCCGACAAGGAAAAACCUCGACAAAAAACACAUUAGAAAUCAGGCGUACUCAUUGCUGUGCUAUCCAAACAUUUUUGCAGAGUUAAUGCUAGCUGUUGCUGGUAUAUUUGAUAUUUGUAACCUAUUUUAUGCCAGAAGUUUCACCUUGCCAUUGAGCAUAUUUAAAUACGAAAGUCAAGAAUUCCCUUAUGAUCAUCAUCCAGAGCUUGACAACCAAAAAGUUCCAAACAAAAACAUAAUGGGUCUUUUAGGUGAUGAGAUUAUAGGACUUGUGAUGUCAGCUUUCAUCCCAUUUAUUACACUAUCCUAUAGUGUGGACUACAGCUUGAGACUUUACCAAGGGUUUGUACAUUAUCAUGGGGAUGUGGCAUGUUCCGCCAUUACAUGCCCGGAAAAAAAGGACGAAUAUCUCCGUCGCCUACGUCGAAAAUAUUUCAUUUUUACCGUGAUGCUGACGGUUGAUGGGUUUGUAUAUUGCCUAUCAGAUUUGACUGAUGAGCGCUAUAAUCCGAUUUGCACCGCAAUUAUCACACUCUCUUUUGCAUAUUCAAUACCAAUAUCGGCUUGGUAUUUAUGGAAUUGCAAAAAAUGGGGUUCAGAGCUUGAUUUUGGUGACACAAAUUCAGAAAAAGUCUAG